UUGUCAGCACUGUGACAACACUCAGUGAUUCCUCCUUGAGACAAUAUGAUCGAUCAACAAGAACUGAAGUACUGUUACGAUUUCGUUUUGAAGCUAACCAUCGAAUCUGGGAAGGUAAUCCGGGAUGCGAUUCAAGGAUGCAAAAACAUUGAGACUAAAGCUGGAGACUGGGAUCUCGUGACUGAAUUUGACAAGAAGGUGGAAGAAAUUUUGAUACAUAAUUUAGCAAAGGAGUUUCCAACGCACAAAUUUAUCGGUGAAGAAACGGUUUCGUCUGCAAAUCAUUUACCAGAGCUAACAGACAACCCUACGUGGAUCAUCGAUCCGAUCGAUGGAACUACGAACUUUGUACACUCGUUCCCUUUUACUUGUAUAUCAAUUGCACUGGCAGUGGAAAAGGAACUAGAAAUUGGCAUUGUCUACAAUCCUGUGUUGGAGCAAUUAUUCACAGCUAGGAAAGGACGAGGAGCCUACUUAAAUGGGAAACCUAUCAAAAGCUCUAGUAUAGAAGAGUUGGAGCAUUCUCUGCUUUGUUGCGAGGCCUCGUAUGCAACGAUCGAGAAUAUCAGGGAUAUUACACUUGGUAGAGUAGAGGCCUUCGUUUCAGUGGCACAUGGAAUACGAACAAUGGGAUCAGCUGCACUAACUCUUUGUUAUGUGGCAAUGAGUGCAGCAGAAGGGUAUCACACCGAUAAUUUGAUGCCAUGGGAUGUGGCUGCUGGUGUACUUAUCGUUAGGGAAGCUGGUGGUGUAGUGGUAGAUACAAAUGGAGGCGAAUUCAAUAUUAUGGCACCAAAAGUAAUAGCAGCAGGUAAUCACAAAUUAGUGAAUGAACUGGUAAAACUAAUAAAGAAAGCCGAUGCAAAGACGCUGCAGAAGAGACUGAUACACGAAGCGACGAUUUAAACGUCUACUAACAAAACUUCCGAUGAAUACACUGCUCAUCGCGUAAAUUUAGUCUCGAGUAAUUUAACUCUUAUUGAGUCUCUCUUUGAAUUAACUCUCUUUGAAUCGGUUCUCUUAAAAUUUCAAUGCCGACUAAGUUGAUUAGACGAAAUUCAGAAAUUACCAUAAAUUAAAAAAUUCUCGACGAUGUCAAAUAUUACACGUACCUGACUUAAAAUUGUACUUUCAAACAAUUUAGCAAUCCAUCACCACUCAUGUUAAAUAAGAUCAUAACGUGGCAUUUAUAACACGAAUUAUAUCAAGUGUGAAAAGUUUUGGAUGUAAAAUUGCAUGUAAAACGUAUUUCACACGAGCCGUCAGAUUAGAAUACUAAACACUUAACAGUCUAUGUGUUAUUAAUGUUAAUUAUAAUA